AUGGGUUCCAAUCAGAGCAAGCAGGUGCCUGAACGUGCGCAGGAGCCCUCUUCCGCAUCAUUCUACUUCAUCCCUAGGGCGCUCAAACCAACUAACCGCCGUUUACAGUCCCAGGCAGCGGGCGAGGGAGCCGAUUUCGAUGCGUGCUGGAACAUGAUCAAGGAAGCGCUAUACGAUAUCCACAACAAGAGCUGCGGCCGUCUGUCCUUCGAAGAGCUAUACCGAGCAGCCUACAAGAUCGUCCUCAAGAAGAAGGGCGAGGUUCUCUACGAGAGAGUCAAAGAAUUCGAGGAGCAGUGGUUCGCCGAGCAUGCCAUCCCCAAGAUUGAAGUCCUCGUCACCAAGAGCCUCAUCAACAUCAGCGUCGAUGUCUCGUCGUCGGCCUCGGUCAGCGAGCGGCGCCAGACGGGCGAGAACUUCCUCAAGGGCCUGAGAGAUACCUGGGAAGAUCACAACAUGUCUAUGAACAUGACCGCAGACAUCCUCAUGUACCUAGACAGAGGUUACACGCAACAGGAGCCCCGCCGGGUCCCCAUCUUUGCCACGACCAUUGCCCUAUUCCGAGAUCACAUACUACGCUCAUGCCUGAACGCGAAUUCUGACAGCACGAUUGGCGACAUCCUGAUAUCCGUCAUGCUGGACCAGAUCGACAUGGAGAGGCGCGGAGACAUUAUUGAUCGAAACCUCAUUCGCAGCAACACCCGGAUGCUCAGUUGUCUCUACGAAACCGAGGAUGAAUCCGAGAACAACAAGCUCUACGUCACCACCUUUGAGCCCCGGUUCCUCGCCAACAGCGAAAUCUUUUAUGCGCGAGAAUGCGAACGGCUGCUGCGGGAGUCGGACGCCAGCACCUGGUUGCGACACACCGAGACCAGACUCCAUGAAGAAACAGACCGGUGCGGCACCACCAUUGAGCUGGAGACUCUCCCCAAGGUGACCAAGGUCGUGGAGGAGAAGCUUAUUCUUGGUCACCUCGACGACUUCCUUGCCAUGGAGGGUAGUGGCCUCCGGUGGAUGAUCGACAAUGACAAGACCCAAGACCUCAGCAUCUUGUACAGACUCAUCUCGAGAGUGGAUGAAGAGAAGACGGCCCUGCGCGACAUAUUGCAGAAGCGAGUUGUCGAGCUGGGGCUGGAGAUUGAGAAUGUGCUGAAGAACACCGACUUCUCGACGGCACAGGGCGAUGGCGAAGAGGGCGGAGACGGCGAGAAGAGCAAGACGCUGAAUCCGGCCGCGCAGCAGACGGCGGCAGCCAUCAAGUGGGUUGACGACGUGCUUCGGCUCAAGGACAAGUUCGAUUACAUGCUCCAGGAAUGCUUCCAAGGCGACCGGGUGAUUCAGACAGCCCUGACCAAGAGCUUUGCCGAAUUCAUCAACCUAUUCAGCCGAAGCUCGGAAUACGUCUCUCUCUAUAUCGACGAUAACCUCAAGCGAGGAAUCAGAGGCAAGACGGAAGCCGAGGUGGACGCAAUCCUGGAAAAGUCCAUCGUCCUGAUUCGGUAUCUGCAGGACAAGGAUCUCUUCCAGACCUACUACCAGCGCCACCUCGGACGACGACUGCUCCAUGGCAAGUCGGAGAGCCACGAUGUCGAGAAGCAAUUCAUUUCGCGGAUGAAGCAAGAAAUGGGACAGCAGUUUACCCUCAAGUUCGAGGGAAUGUUCCGAGAUCUCGUCACCUCUGCCGAGUUGACAUCGACGUAUCGCGAGCAUGUUCGCAAGCUGGAUCCCGAGGACCAUACCAUUGACCUCAAUGUCAAUGUCCUCACGACCAAUUACUGGCCGUCAGAGGUCAUGGGACGUACCGCUCAAUCUGGCGAUAGUUCCAAAGUGGGAUGUACCUGGCCGCCCGAGGUCAAGAGGCUGCAAGCUAGCUUUGAGCAGUUUUACCUGACGAAUCGCAACGGUCGGAAGCUCACCUGGAUUGGUACCACCGGCAGCGCAGACAUCAAGUGUGUGUUCCCAGCGAUUGAGGGCAAAUCGGGCCCCCUGUCGCGCGAGCGUCGCUACGAUCUGAAUGUCCCGACAUACGGCAUGGUGGUCUUGUCGCUGUUCAACGACCUCAAGGACGGCGAGAGCCUCAGCUUUGAAGAGAUCCAGGCAAAGACGAGCCUGUCGACGGCGGAUCUCACGCGAGCGCUCAUGGCCAUUGCCGUAGCGCCCAAGUCCCGCGUUCUGGCCAAGGAUCCGCCCACCAAGACAGUCAAGCCCGGCGACAGGUUUUCGUUCAACGCCUCGUUCCAGAGCAAGACGAUCCGAAUUAAGGCACCCAUCAUCAACGCCGUGUCCAAGGCCGAGAACAAGGAGGAGAGGAAGGCGACGGAGGACAAGAACAACCAGACCCGAUCCUACAUUAUCGACGCCGCCAUUGUGAGGAUCAUGAAGGCACGAAAGGAACUCAGCCACUCGCAGCUGCUGGGCGAAGUGCUGUCGGUGCUGGCUGGUCGCUUCAAGCCCGACGUUCCCAUGAUCAAGAGGCGCAUCGAGGAUCUCAUAGUCCGAGAAUAUCUGGAGCGUCCGGACGAAGAAGGCGCGCCAUCCAUGUAUCGCUACCUGGCUUGA